UCGCAAAUUACACCGUCUUAGAGGCUCCGCAGAAUUUAUAUCCCCCACCCAAAUCGACGGGCGGCUUCAUUUCUUCCUUCGCAAGUUCGAACCCUAAUUGUCAAAAUCUGAGGUGAAAGGGCCAAAUUCAACCAUGAAAUUGAGGCUGAGAUCCGUGGAGUCCAAGGAGACUCUCAGAAUUGAAGUUCCCGAUCAAUCUACCAUCGAGCACCUGAAACAGACGCUCCUCCAGGCACUGUCUUCUUCCUUUUCCGCUGAUUCUCUUCACCUCUCUCUCAAUCGGAAGGACGAGCUUCAAGGAUCGUCGCCGGAGGAUUCGCUGCACUCCACUGGUAUCACUUCAGGUGACCUUGUUUUCUUCACUUUUAAACCUUCCGGGUUUUCUUCUCGAGGAGGUACGUCGAUUCAAGCUUCUUCACAAGAUUCGUCUUCGUCGCGACCAGGAAAGGAAAUUCAAGGCAUCGAUUGUGAUAUUAAAAAACCUAGGUUGGAGAAUUCGAUGCCUGAAUCCAUAGAAUCCAAGUCCUUGGAUGCAGAAAUGACUACAGGCGGCAUGGUCGAGGACGGGGAGAAAUUUUUGGAGUCGGAUUGUGAAGAAAUGGACGUUGAGGAAGAUCCAAUCGUUGAUGUGGUGAAGAAAUGUUCGAGGCCGAUCUUUUUGAGGAGAGUGCUGAAGGAGGAGCUAGGUUAUGAUCGUAAUGCUCACAAGCUUUUGGUAACUGCCGUUCACGCAGUACUUCUGGAGUCUGGAUUUGUGCUGAUUGAUCCUAAUUUAGGUUCUGAGGAUAAUCCUUUCCGUAUGCCGGAAGAUUGGCCUUCCCCAUCGUUUACGAUGUCGCUUUGGUACACCCUACCUAAACUUUUGGCCAAGGAGGACAAGAGUUCUACCAUGACUGAAGUAGUUUUAUUGAAGUUUCAGAGUUUGGGGCACUUUGUUAAUGUUUAUGGGUCUCUUAACUGCAGUAGAGGAUCUAGUGUUUAUCGUAUAUCUUUGGAUGAGAGAAAAUUUGCACCAAAUCUUGAUCUGAUUUGGGUGGAUUCAGUAUCCAGCUACAUAAUGGAUGAAAAAGAAGGGGACCCAGAUAAACAAGUUUUUGAACUCUGGAAGCUAGUGAAGGAUGCUCUUGCAUUGCCACUCUUGAUUGAUCUCUGUGAAAAAACUGGUUUACCAACUCCUGCAAGCUUUAUGCUACUCCCAGCUGAUCUGAAGAUGAAGAUCUUAGAGGCUCUUCCUGGUGUUGAUAUUGCAAGAGUUGAAUGUGUGUGUACUGAAUUGCUUUACUUGGCCUCCAGCAAUGAGCUGUGGAAGAUGAAGUUCACUGAAGAGUUUGGUUCCGAGGACAGUGUUUCAGGAAAAAGGCUAUGGAAGUCACAAUUUGUUGCACGUUACGAAAACGAAAAGUUGAGAAGCAGGAGAACUAACCAUGUGAGGGAUUUUCUUAGUUUAGGGUGGCCGGUGCGUCGACCCCCUUAUCCGUUCCCAGCUCCUCAUGUUAUUGGGGGAGAUUAUGAUAUUGUGCCUAGUAUCAGGCUCCCUACACAUGGAAUUCCUGGACAAUCGUUACGGUGGACGCCGAGGCGUCGACAAGUUUUCAUUCCACAUUACGAUUUGAUAGGACGAUGAGGACUGAAUCUGAGCUCCAUCUAUAGGCAGUUUUUAUUAUAGUUUUGUGUGCUUCGUUAUGUAAAGGAAUAAGGUGUGGGAAAUCUUGCCAGAAUGGAGAUAUCAGGUUAGGCCAUGGAUCUUUGUAAAUAUUGCUUGCCUCAAAGCUCUUCUUGUUGCUUGAAUAGAGAUAUUUCUUUAUGAAGUUUGCUUCCUCAACUGUAGACUGGAAUAUUAUCAGUUCUUUUGUUUAAGCAGAAAAGUUCUAUAAUUGUUGAUUGUGUUU